GCGUUCAGUUGGACAAUGGGUCAAUUUCUGUUGGACAGUGGAACGAAGAUUUUGGUAAUUGUGGUUGCAAUUUAUUGUGCAAGAAUGGUGCAACAGGGACAGAAACAAACAUUUGUGGAUACUUCUACUCCGGAAUAUAUUGGAAGGAUAAAGUUUCCAGGAUAUUUCCGAACUGAAGAAGAACAAAAGACUUGGGAGAAGAUAAUUUAUGGUCAUAAGAUAGACAGCGUAUGUUGCAACGGCAAAAGUAUUUGGAAAACACCGGAAAAAAUGCGUGACAUCAAUGGCACGGAACGCGACAUCGUACAGUUCACCAAACUGAGGCAGUUUUAUAGGGAAGUAGAAUGCACUUUUGCGAUUGUGUUCAUGGAGAAGCUACAACAACUGCGGGUUUCAGUGGAUCACACUCGGCCCCAGGUCUUAUUUCAGUAUGGUACCUAUUUCAGCGAAACUUAUCUAUUGAAGAAUCGGCACAAGGUCUGAAAUGUGGCGGAGGAGAACAGUCGACUAUCCAACUGGUACUUAUUUUAUCGACCCCGAAAGGAUAAAAAACAAAGUGGACCUCGCCGGAAUCUGAACUUAGAACGGAAAGACAGACGUUUUUAGCCUUUAGACAAUGAUAAUGGUUAUAUAUGUUCGCGUGCAGUUAAAAUGGUGAACAAUCAUUCGUUUCUUUCUUUCUUUCUUUCUUUCUUUCUUUCUUUCUUUGCGACUCAAGGGUAGCCUUUCUUUGCUAUUUCUAGCUUGUAGAGCGACCACCUUGCGGUUUCCUCGAACCGAAACUCGCUGCUGCUGUUUUAAUUCAAUAAAUUUGUCGUUACUGACUGAACAUAUCAGGCUGCCAAUGGUAGCACUGUCGGCAUAAACGGUGCCACGUUUAUGAUUGAACACUUUAAUUCAAUCAAAAUCACUUCUUUGCCCAUUGAUCACAUGUUUUUCAUGGCUGCACAAACACCUUCUUUUACGGGUAGCUCUUGAUUCUACAUUCUAUAUUUUAAUCUGUUGUUGUUGUUGUUGUUCUUCUUCUUCGUUCACGUUUGAUCAUUAAAAUUUUCCCCCCUCUUUUAAGAUUUUCUCGUUUGAAACUUUAAAAGAAUUAUGUUGAAUGUCACUGUGGCAUGUUUAUCUCCCCUAUAUUCACUGAUGGCUGUGCGUUAGUGUGUAUGUACCUUUGUGUGUGUGUUUGUGUG